AUUCAAUUGUUUAAAGCUAAAAUAUUACCAGUGAGGACAGGAAUAAUCUUUGCAUUGAAUAUUGGUUCGGCCAUUCUCGUAGGAAACUUGAGUUUAAUUCACAAUUCCAUCACUGUUUAUCAGCUGGCUAAAUUGAUGGUAAUUCCAUGUAUUCUUGCUAUUAAUUAUGUUUGGUUCCGUACUGUUGUAGAACCAAAGAUUUUGGCCUGUUUAAUGUUAAUUGUUUUAGGAAUGGCUUUAGUUAUUGGAGGAGAUUUCUAUUUAAACUUUUUCGGAUCGAUCAUUGCAUUGUUGGCAAUCAUUUUUGGAGCAUCAUCUCAGAUUGCCAUCAAUUACUUUUGUAAAGAAUAUGAACUCAAUGGUUUUGAAUUAUUAUUGAACCAUUCAUUGUAUUCAUCAAUUCUAGUUGGUUCUUUGGCAGUUCCAAUUGAUGGUGUUGAUUCAAUUUCAUAUAGCUUUAUGAGAUUCAUCCAAGAUCCAUCAUUUUUCAUUUCUGUAAUCAUUUCAUGCUUUGCUGCUUUUGUUGUGAAUAUUGCUGGUUACUUGGUAAUUGGUAAAUUAUCACCACUUACCUUCCAAGUUUUAGGACAUGCUAAAACUAUUUCUAUUCUUAUUGGAGGAUAUUUAUUCUUUGGAAAUGAUAAACCAAUGAAUGUUAAUCAUAUUGUUGGAAUAGCUGUUGCUGUAUUAGGAACUAUUGCUUACUCUUACUUUAAAUAUAAGGAGGAAAUGGAAAAA